CCUGAACUCGUGUUGUUUUUUAAAACCAUUCAUUCAUUGAUUUUGUUGAGUGAACUGCAUGACUUCUGAGAGAAAGAAAAGCCGUCUCUCAAACGAGUUAAAAUGCUGUUAUCAACAAAGACCCCCAGGGCCCUGGCGGCCAUCUUUGAGAGUCCCAGUGAUGACGAGGACUUCCUGGGUUUCGCCGUGCCAGUGCUGAGUGACAGCGAGUCAGACAGCCUAGCCUCCGAGGACUCUGGGAAGCCGGCCAUGUCUUUCAGGUCAAAGUUUGUGACCUCGGAGUUGGUUAGUCUGUUUAGCCAUUCCGACAAUGAAGAGGAGGAGUUUGAGGGCUUCAGUGAGGAAGAGGAGGAGAAGAGGGGUUCCAGAAGCAGGACGAAGGCUAUGUGCAUAGAGGAGGAGAGCGAUGAGGACACAGGGUUCUACUCUGAGGGGGAGGAGCCAGACACACACAAGAGGAAGAGUCUCUGUGUCGCCUUCAGGUUUCCCACAAAAAGACUCUCUGCCCAGAAAGGGGAGGCGCCAAUCAACGUCGCCCCUCUGGAGAGGAGAACCAAUGAGAGGCUGCAUCUAAAAAGGGGUUUGUCUCAGGAGUCCAGUGGGACGGAGACACAGGGUCAGAAACCGCCCCCCAAAAAUGGGACGGUAGGAAAAGAGAAGAUGGAGGUCGAGUCUCGGGUUCUAAAUAAACGAGCCAAGAACAUCCAGGAGAACAAAGCCAUGUUGGCCAAGCUGUUUGCUGACCUGACCAACAUGUCUGAAGUCACCUCGUCUCCGACCAAGAAGAGGCGUGUGAGUGAGAAGCCGCCCCCUCGUAGACUAAGUGUGUGUGCGGGCAGCGAGAGGAGGAACCCAUCGCGUGCGGCCAGACCGCCAGAGAAGUUCGGGGUGGAGGAGAGCGGUACCUCCCCUUCACGACACCACAGAUCCGUGAGGACUAUCGACGUCGGGAAACUACUGGAGGUGGACGAGCUGGGUAGAAGCGGGAAGAAGAGUAGGGCGAGUAGCGGGAGGAAGAGUAGAAUUACCCAUGUGAGAUCAGUGGAUGAAAUCACAGAGGAAGAGCUGGACAACGUGGCGCAACGUGCCAAAGACAAGAUACUGGACAAGGACCACGGCAGCACGUGUCACCAGUGCAGACAGAAAACUCUGGACACCAAGACGGUCUGUCGUAGUGGAGUGUGUAUAGGGGGCAAAGGUCAGUUCUGUGGGCCCUGUCUGAGGAACCGCUACGGAGAGGACGUACACACUGCUCUACUAGACCCGGACUGGGAGUGUCCUCUGUGUAGAGGUAUCUGUAACUGCAGUCUGUGUCGACGGAGAGAAGGACGCUGUGCAACCGGACAACUGGUCCAUUUGGCUCAACACAAGGGCCACAGCAACGUCCAAGAUUACCUGGAGAGCAUCCAGAAAGAUCUUAGAGCCUAGAGACAAGCAGACAGCGCCCCCGUUGGUCAGAACUGAGAAUUACACCCAACAGUAAUAAUCUCUCCUUUCUCCUGAAGUGUACACUCGUUCCCUUCUUCCCACCAAUCUGAAAGCGUUGGAUUGGAGGAGACUAAAAGAGGUUUCCACUGUAUUUCUUACCCCAGUCAUUCCCUAAUAAAUGAAUAAAUGGAAGUGAACAAGUGCACACAUUGGAAGGAAGGUGAGAUAAUUAGGUCGUCGUCACACUGACGCACAUUGUCCUGCUUUAAUACCGUCACGAUUCAGACUAGAACUCCGGGUGUUCCUCAACCUCUGCCACAGGUCCCUCUGACACCUUAUUUAAUCACAGUCAUGUUCAGUGGGCACACGACGAUUUGAAACGGAAGGUAGUACCUGACAUUCUGCAGGAAGAACAGUAAUUAUUUGGACAGUGAAGCAGAAAGAUUUGAUUUAUGUCUAUCCACCAUUUUGGAUUUGAGAUCAAAUGUUUUAUGAGGUUACCGUACAGAAUGCAGGGGUUGAAACCGGUUCAAGGAACAGAACCGAAAUCCUGAAAAUAACAAAAAUGUUCAAGGAACAGAAUCAGACCUGGGAACAAAAGUAAUCUAUACUAUACGGGAACAGAAUUGUUAUUUUAAAAUUAUGGGAACUGGUUAAUAAAUGUUCCGGGCAUUUUUUUUUUUUUAGUCCCACAAAAAAAAAUUAAAAGCUCCUUUGCAAAAUCCCACCCUCUUGUCAAUCAAACUUCAUCCAGCGUCUGCCUGCCAGCUGAAAAUCAUUUCCUAUGCGUGCGCAUGUAGUCUACCAAGAAUGCUUUAAUAGGUUUUAAGAAAAGAUAAGAGUAACAAAAAAUAAUUAAACAGCAGCAGUAUAAUAACAGUAGCGAGGCUUUGUACAGGGGGUACCAGUGCAGAGCCAAUGUGGAGGCUAUAUACAGGGGGUACCAGUACAGAGCCAAUGUGGAGGCUAUAUACAGG